CUCAUUGUGUAAGCGUGUAGAAAACAAUUUCGAUUCAACUAUUUUUAAAGUUUUGAAAACAGCCUGACGAGCGUCUUCGGUAUGGGGCUCACAAAAGGUGUUAGAUUUUUCAUUAUAUAUGGUAUUUUUUCAUCACUGGAACACAUAAUUGAAAUCCAAGCAGACACUUUACCAACUCCAACAGAAUGUGGCAAAGUGGAUUUGAGUACGCGCAUAUUUGGUGGUGUCCAAACACAUGUUGAUGAAUUUCCCUGGUCCACAAUGCUUAUAUACGAAAACAAAGUGAAUGGCGAUGUCGGCUUCGCUUGCGGUGGUGCGCUGAUCAACCACUAUCACAUUCUUACGGCAGCACAUUGCACUCAAAGUGAAAUAAUGGCCAAACAAAAUCUAGUUCUCUCCAAGGUGCGCCUGGGCGAAUGGAAUACCGAAAGCGAAAUUGAUUGUGAAAUGUACGAGAAUGAUGACGUGCUCUGUUCGCCCGGUUUUCGCGAUUACGCAAUACAAGAGAAAAUCGUACAUCCGCAGUAUGAUAAUCGUACGCAAGCAAAUGAUAUUGCUCUGUUGCGUUUAGCGCAAGAAGUCGAAUAUACUAACUUUAUCAGUCCCAUUUGUCUGCCGCUGCAGGCGGACGCAGUGCAAAAGUUGUAUGAGAAUGUCGCUGCGGAGGUAGCCGGUUGGGGUCAGACCGAAACAGCAUUGUACAGUAAGGUGAAAUUGAAAACAACCGUUACAGUUAAAAAUCUCGAACAAUGCAAAAAUCAUAAUAUGCCUCAGCGUGUAAAGAAUAGAAUUGGUGGGAAUCAACUGUGUGCAAUGGGUAUUGGAACGGAUGCCUGUCAUGGCGAUUCUGGUGGUCCGCUAAUGUUGCAGGAUAUGCAAAAUGGCAAAAAUGCUUAUUAUGUGAUCGGUGUCAUCUCUUUUGGGUUCGAUAAGAAGACAUGUGCUGUUGAUGGUUACGCAAGUAUUUAUACGCGUCUAGGCCCUUACAUUGGCUGGAUAAAGGAGCAGACACAAAAAUGAAUAUAUUUUGUAUGUAAUCUUGUAAAAAUUAAAAAAUAUUUUUAUACUCUCGCAACAAAAGUUGCUAAGAGAGUAUUAUAGUUUUGUUCACAUAACGGUUGUUUG